AUGACGCUUUAUUUAUUCGUGUUACGAAUCGUUCUUAUUAGCGGCCUCCUCGUGCGACGAGCUACCCGUCCAUUCACAAAAACUAAACGGGUCCAACUUGUUAUCCGACCGAUCUCCACCCGAAAACCCGAAAAUUCCCAAAGAAUCCGUCUCGAUUUCCCCCAACUCCGCGAAAAAGCUAUCCUCCAGCUGGCUCGGGCCCGAGAACCCUGUGUUGAAAUCCGGGCCCUUGAUUUCCAUUCGUCCCGGAUCCAGAUCCAUUUCUUCCUUCACAGAUUUGUCCGGGCUUUUUGGGCCGGUGUUGGUGUUGUUGGGCUUGGACGACUGAGAUCGUGUGGAGCCCGCGAGGGCGUUCCUUUGGGUGGGCCACGGGUGGUUGUGCUCCGAGGUGUAGUACCUGUGCAUCUAAAAGGGGAUAAGAUUAUGUAA